AUGUCGCAAGGAAUCCUUUCUCCGCCAGCGGGCUUGCUAUCUGAUGAGGACGUCGUAGUCUCCCCCAUGUUUGAGUCCACAGCUGCAGAGUUGGGGUCUGUAAUACGCAGGGACUUGUUAUCAGACUGCUCUGUCAUCUCCACUUCCCUGGAGGACAAGCAUCAGGUUGCAUCCGAGGACAAUACAGAGAAGGUGAAAGUAUACCUGAGGGUCAGGCCCUUGUUACCUUCAGAGUUGGAACGACAGGAGGAUCAGGGUUGUGUCCGUAUUGAGAAUGUGGAGACCCUUGUUUUACAAGCACCCAAGGACUCCUUUGCCCUGAAGAACAACGAGCGAGGAAUUGGCCAAGCCACCCACAGGUUCACUUUUUCCCAGAUCUUUGGGCCAGAAGUGGGACAGGCAUCUUUCUUCAACCUGACCGUGAAGGAGAUGGUAAAGGAUGUACUCAAAGGGCAGAACUGGCUCAUCUAUACAUAUGGAGUCACCAACUCAGGGAAAACCCACACAAUUCAAGGUACCAUUAAGGAUGGAGGGAUCCUGCCCCGGUCCCUAGCUCUGAUCUUCAAUAGCCUGCAAGGCCAACUUCAUCCAACACCUGAUCUGAAGCCCUUGCUCUCCAAUGAGGUAAUCUGGCUGGACAGCAAGCAGAUCCGACAAGAGGAAAUGAAGAAGCUGUCCCUACUAAAUGGAGGCCUACAAGAGGAGGAGCUGUCCACCUCCUUGAAAAAGAGUGUCUACAUUGAAAAUCGGAUGGGUACCAGCACCAGCUUUGACAGUGGUAUUGCUGGGCUCUCUUCCAACAGUCAGCUUACCAGCAUUAGUCAACUGGAUGAAAUGAGUCACCGAUGGGCACAACCAGAUACUGCCCCAGUAAGUGUUCCAACAGACAUUCGCUUCUCCAUCUGGAUCUCCUUCUUUGAGAUCUACAAUGAACUGCUUUACGACUUGUUGGAACCACCUAGCCAGCAGCGCAAGAGGCAAACUCUGCGACUGUGUGAAGAUCAAAAUGGCAAUCCCUAUGUGAAAGAUCUCAACUGGAUUCACGUUCAAGAUGCUGAGGAAGCCUGGAAACUCCUGAAAGUGGGUCGUAAGAACCAGAGCUUUGCCAGCACUCACCAGAACCAGAACUCCAGCCGCAGUCACAGCAUCUUCUCAAUCCGGAUCCUGCACCUUCAGGGGGAAGGGGAUAUAGUCCCCAAGAUCAGUGAGCUGUCACUCUGUGAUCUGGCUGGCUCAGAGCGCUGCAAAGAUCAGAAGAGUGGUGAACGGCUAAAGGAAGCAGGAAACAUUAAUACUUCGCUGCACACCCUGGGCCGCUGUAUUGCUGCCCUGCGCCAAAACCAGCAGAACCGGUCAAAGCAGAAUCUGGUUCCCUUCCGUGACAGCAAGUUGACUCGAGUCUUCCAAGGCUUCUUUACAGGCCGAGGCCGUUCCUGCAUGAUUGUCAAUGUGAAUCCCUGUGCAUCUACCUAUGAUGAGACUCUUCAUGUGGCUAAGUUCUCAGCCAUUGCCAGCCAGCUUGUCCAUGCUCCACCUGUGCAACUGGGAUUCCCAUCCCUGCAUUCAUUCAUCAAGGAACACAGUCUUCGGGCAUCUCCUGCCUUAGAGAAAGGGGCUAAGGCAGACCCAGGCCUUGAUGAUGACGUUGAAAAUGAAGCUGAUAUCUCCAUGUAUGGCAAGGAGGAGCUCUUACAGGUGGUAGAAGCCAUGAAAGCACUGCUUUUGAAAGAAAGACAGGAAAAGUUACAGCUAGAGAUGCAGCUCCGUGAUGAAAUUUGUAAUGAGAUGGUAGAGCAGAUGCAACAACGGGAACAGUGGUGCAGUGAGCAUUUGGACACUCAAAAGGAACUACUGGAGGAAAUGUAUGAAGAGAAACUAAAGAUCCUUAAGGAGUCACUGACAACUUUUUACCAAGAAGAGAUUCAGGAGCGGGAUGAAAAGAUUGAAGAACUAGAAGCUCUCUUGCAGGAAGCCAAAAAGCAGCCAGUGGCCCAUCAACAAUCAGGGUCUCAAUUGUCCCUAAGGCGGUCAUCAAGGUUGGCAGCUUCUGCCUCCACCCAGCAGCUCCAAGAGGUCAAAGCUGAACUACAACAGUGCAAAGCAGAGCUCAGCUCUACCACUGAAGAGCUGCAGAAGUAUCAGAAAAUGUUAGAACCACCACCCUCAGCCAAGCCCUUCACCAUUGAUGUGGACAAGAAGUUAGAGGAGGGCCAGAAGAAUAUAAGGCUGCUACGGACAGAGCUUCAGAAACUCGGUGAGUCUCUCCAGUCAGCAGAAAGAGCCUGUUGCCACAGCACUGGGGCAGGAAAACUUCGUCAAGCCUUGACCACUUGUGAUGACAUCUUAAUCAAACAGGACCAGACCCUGGCUGAGCUGCAGAAUAACAUGAUGCUAGUGAAACUGGACCUUCGGAAGAAGGCAGCAUGCAUUGCUGAGCAAUAUCAUACUGUCCUAAAACUCCAAGGCCAGGCUUCUUCUGCCAAAAAGCGUCUUGGGGCUAACCAGGAAAACCAGCAGCCAAACCAGCAACCCCCGGGGAAGAAACCAUUCCUUCGAAACUUACUUCCCCGAACGCCCACCUGCCAAAAUUCAACAGACUGCAGUCCUUAUGUACGGAUCCUGCGCUCACGGCAUUCCCCUUUACUCAAAUCUGGGCCUUUUGGCAAAAAAUACUAAGGCUGUGGAGAAGGAGAGAAAGCACUCAUUGCCCUGAGGUGGGUCAGUUGCUCAGCUUAAGAAAUAGGUCUCUUAAAGCUUUACCAUAGCCUUAUAACACCAAGGUGAUGGGUUCAGUUCCUAGAUCCUGUACCGGCCAGCCAUGAAAAAAACCUUUACCGUAUACCUGGAACUCUAUCCGGAAUGCAAUACUCAGAUACUAGUUGUUUUUUCCCUUUUGUAUUAU